GCUCGGCGGUGCCUGCUGGCCCGGCUCAGCCCUGCCCUCUCCGUGCCACAUGCUGUGCCCAUGGGCACCAGUGCCAAGGAGGAGAUGGCUCGGUUCUGGGAGAAGAACACCAAAUCCAACCGGCCCCUGUCCCCUCAUGUCACCAUCUACAAGUGGUCCCUGCCCAUGGCGAUGUCCAUCAGCCACCGUGGCACCGGCGUGGCCCUCAGCCUGGGGGUGUCCCUCUUCAGCCUGGCUGCACUGCUGCUGCCAGAGCAGUUCCCACACUACUUGGCCAUGGUGAAGUCGCUGAGCCUGGGCCCUGCCCUCAUCUGCUCUGCCAAGUUUGCUCUGGCAUUCCCCUUCACCUACCACACCUGGAACGGCAUCCGGCACCUUGCCUGGGACCUGGGGAAGGGGUUCAAGAUUCCCCAGGUGAACCAGUCUGGGGUGGUGGUGCUGGUGCUGACCCUGCUGUCCUCCAUGGGCCUGGCUGCCAUGUGAAGGCUCCCCCUGGGCCGGCAGCCUCCUGUGCCCUGCGAGGGCUGCCCCAGCCUGGCCCUGCUCGAGCUGUGGAGAGGGAGCCAUGGAGCUCCUGGCCCCUUCCCUGCUGCCAAACCUCCUGGAGGAUCAGAGCUGCUUCUGCCCACCCUGGCCCAUGAGCUGAGGCCCCUGGCAGCCCUGGGGGCACGGCCAGGCAGGAGCCAACUGCUGCUCCUGGCACCUUCGGGCGCUCCAGGCCAGCUCCAGGCCCUCCCUGCUCCCUGCUCUGUCCCCAGGCCUCAGACAAUGCUGAAUCUGUGUCCCCUCAGGUCCGAGUGGGCUCAGGGCCGGCUGCUGGGCAUGUGUGGGCCUGGCACAGGACAAGCAUCUCCAUUGAGGUGCCCGGUGCCAGGGCAGGGAGAGCAGGCGGCUCUGCCAACGCCUGAGCCGGGAGGGGAAGGGCUGAGCUGUGCCCCCCAGGUGCCAUGGGGAUGCAGCUGGCACGGCUGGGCAGGGGUGCUCAGAGCUGCAGGGCUCAAGCCCAGCUCCUUCUGCUUGACAAGGCCCUGGAGCGCCCCAGGGAAACCUUCCCACUGCUCCCAUGGGCAAGGGAGAUGCUUCCCAGCCCCACUGCCCCCUCCCACUGGCACUCUGGCACAGUGAGGGGUGUGGGGGUCUGGGUGCCACCAGCUCUGGUUGCAGCACAUGUCCCUUGUCCCCCUUUGCAGUAAAGCAGCCCUGG